AUGUCGAUUCCCGAUCCCAACUCCUCCGCAUCUGUUACGGUGUCUCCGUCUCUCUCCACCGCAUCUGUAACUCCGGCGAUACCAGCUACCAUUGUCAGAACACCGUCGCUUCAGCCACCUCCCGCUCCGCCGCCACCCCCUCCGCCUUACAGAGCCAUAGCGCCGCUUCACCAUCCUAAUCCGGUUCAACAAGCUCAUAAUAACCUCUACGCACAGUCAAUCCCAAACCGACGCCCAAAUUCGCCUCACCAGCUUCCUCAUCAAGACCCGUCAGCAGUUCUGUACCCGUUCUCUCCUCCGCCGGGUCGAGGGUUUCCGUCCCGACCCGUCCGGAUGAAUUCGCCGUUCGUCACUGAUCCCUCAGUAACCGUCGGAUACCCUCCUCGCCCGGUUCUUGCUUAUAAUCCUCGACAAUUUUCGCCGAAUCAAAUGGAAUCCAUGAUGCAGCUCAUGAGAGCCAGAAAUCCUCAGUUUCCUCACCCUGGAUCGGGCUCUCUUGCCGGGUCGGGUCCCAUGAGAGGAAUUCCUCACUUUCUGCAACCACGGGUUGCCCCUCCCCCAACUUCAAUUCUGGACACAGGCAGGAAUAAAAAUGCCAGAAACCGGGAUUCAGCGCUUGUCCUUGUCAAAGGAAGAAAGGUUAGAAUCACAGAGGACGCUUCUCUGUAUUCACUUGGUCGAUCAUGGUUGAGAAAUGGUGCUCAUGAAGGAAUUCAGUCCCAGAGGACCGAGACAAUGAAACCUUUACCAAAGCCAUUACCUGUGGAUAUGAUGGAAGCAAGUGUGCCAAACGAUUCAGCUGAACAAGGAAAAGAUGAAGAUAAAGAGGACGAAGAAGCUGUGAAGCAACUAUCAGAGAAGGAUCUUUUGAAAAGACACAUCGAGCGAGCUAAGAAGGUCCGUGCACGGUUAAGAGAAGAACGGUUGAGGAAGAUUGCGAGGUACAAAGCAAGAUUGGCUCUUCUUCUGCCACAAUCCUGA